CCUACGCAACGUUAGCCUUCGGGCCAUUUUCACUUCUUCGUGUUUAGUUUGACUCCGCGCAGCCGCACGUGCACACACCGCCGCACGUGCACACGCUGUCACGCAGCGGUGUAACAGGAAGGGGCGGCAGGAAGGAGGAGCCGCUGCCGCGGUGCAACUUUUUGUUUUACCCGCUGGGUUUCCUCGCCUUCCCGCAAACCCUCCAGCUCUACUCCGCCUCACACAGCUGCCCGGGACGGUAAACUACUUUAUCACCGAACAAUGUACCGGUAUUUCGGAGAGCUUCUCACCCGGGGAGCGGGCAGCGUCCUGGCCUCGGGCUGCUCCGCCGCUGCCGCUGCUGACUCGGCUCUCCCGGCGUCCGCGUCCCUGCUGCGCUACCGCGGCUACAGCCAGGCCGUGGACCGGGACGACGACCCGAACUUCUUCACCAUGGUUGAGGGCUUCUUCGACCGGGGAGCCGCUAUCGUGGAGGACAAGCUGGUGGAGGGCCUGAAGACCCGGGAGAGCCCCGAGCAGAAAAGGAAGCGGGUCCGCGGGAUCCUGAAGAUCAUCAAGCCGUGUAACCACGUCCUGAGCGUCAGCUUCCCCAUCAAGAAAGACAACGGAGAGUGGGAGGUGAUCGAGGGCUACCGGGCUCAGCACAGCCAGCACAGGACGCCCUGCAAGGGAGGAAUCCGUUACAGUACAGACGUGUCUGUAGACGAGGUGAAAGCUUUGGCCUCGCUGAUGACGUACAAAUGUGCUGUCGUUGAUGUGCCGUUCGGUGGAGCCAAAGCCGGAGUGAAGAUCAACCCAAAGAAAUAUUCUGACACGGAGCUGGAGAAAAUCACCAGGAGGUUCACCAUCGAGCUCGCUAAGAAGGGCUUCAUCGGGCCUGGUAUUGAUGUUCCUGCUCCGGACAUGAGCACCGGGGAGCGGGAGAUGUCCUGGAUCGCUGACACCUUCGCCACCACCAUGGGACACUACGACAUCAACGCUCACGCCUGCGUCACGGGGAAACCCAUCAGUCAGGGAGGAAUCCACGGUCGGAUCUCCGCCACCGGCCGAGGAGUUUUCCACGGCAUCGAGAACUUCAUCAACGAGGCGGCCUACAUGAGCCAGCUGGGGAUGUGUCCCGGCUUCCAGGACAAGACCUUCGUCAUCCAGGGUUUUGGUAACGUGGGUCUCCACUCCAUGCGCUACCUUCAUCGCUUUGGGGCGAAGUGCGUCGGAGUCGGAGAAAUGGACGGAAACAUCUGGAACCCCAGUGGCAUCGACCCCAAAGAGCUGGAGGACUACAAACUGGCCAACGGGACCAUCGUCGGCUUCCCGAACUCAACGCCGUACGAAGGAAACAUCCUGGAGGCCGACUGUGACAUCCUGAUCCCCGCCGCCAGUGAGAAACAGCUGACCAAGAGCAAUGCUCACAAGAUCAAGGCCAAGAUCAUCGCUGAGGGAGCGAACGGCCCGACCACGCCCGAAGCCGACCGCAUCUUCCUGGAGAGAAACAUCAUGGUGAUCCCGGACAUGUAUCUGAACGCCGGCGGUGUGACUGUUUCGUACUUUGAGUGGCUGAAGAAUCUGAAUCACGUCAGUUACGGCCGUCUCACCUUCAAAUAUGAGCGAGACUCCAACUACCACCUGCUCAUGUCGGUCCAGGAGAGUUUAGAGAGGAAGUUUGGCAAACAUGGAGGCGCCAUCCCUGUCGUCCCCACCUCUGAGUUCCAGGCCAGGAUCGCUGGAGCGUCUGAGAAGGACAUCGUUCACUCUGGUCUGGCCUUCACCAUGGAGCGCUCUGCCCGGCAAAUCAUGCGAACAGCCAACAAGUACAAUCUGGGUCUGGACCUGCGGACGGCGGCGUACGUCAACGCCAUCGAGAAGGUGUUCCAGGUUUACAGCGAGGCCGGCCUCAUCUUCACAUAGAGCCUCCAUCACCUGUCCGUCACCUGUCUGUCCAUCACCUGUCUGUCACCUGUCUGUCCAUCACCUGUCUGUCACCUGUCUGUCCAUCACCUGUCUGUCCGUCGUCUGUCUGUCUGUCACCUGUCUGUCUGUCACCUGUCCGUCACCUGUCUGUCACCUGUAUGUUACCUGUCUGUCCAUCACCUGUCUGUCCUCCAUCUGAAACACUUGUCGAGCAGAAUCCAGAGUUUACAGGUGUUCUUGCGCAGCAGCAGCAGAGUGAACGAAGUCUGAAUGUGUUCAUUCCUUCUCGCCUGUUUACGUUCUUCCUCUUCUUCUUCUUCUUCUUCUUCUUCUUCUUCUUCUUCUUCUUCUCUUUGAAAUAAACCACAGAACCUUCAGUUGUAGCUUUAACGCUCCUCUGAAUCACUGCUGUGCUGCUUUACUCACAUAUCAACCCAAAUAUAUAUGCAGACAUUAUAGAAAUAUAAUAAGCUUUAAUGCCGCAAACACUCUGCGGCCAAAAGUUUGUGGACACCUUCAUUCACACACUUCAGUGUCCAUUUGUUCUGUUGUUCCUGAUUUGGACUCGAGCUGAAACGAUUAUUGAAUUAAUUGAUCAGACAAGAGAUUCCCAGCCUGAGGGGUCGUUGAAUUGUGAACGGGACGGCAAAGCAGAGGAGUAGAUCGUCUUUCUGUGACUUGCUGGAUGAUUUCAGGUCUUUCAAAGAGAUUCAAACAACAGAAGAAGAAAUCUUUGUUCUUUAGUUGAAUGAAAUGAUUCAUUGAUGAUCAGAUCAAUUCUCUUUACUGAUUCAGUGCCUUUUUGUUUUGAGACAUUUCAAACAGAAAUGUCCAUCUGGGUGUCCACAUACUUCUGGCCACACUGUGUCCACUGUGUCUCCAUGUUUGUCUCCAGGUGGAGAGCUUGUACAGAUUGUUUUUAUAUGAUGCGGUGCACACGUGCCUCAGGACUUUAACAUUUCCUGCUUUUAGAGCGUCGACUUGCUUUAUUAAAGGACCAUUCUGCUGUUUUUCUGUGUUUUGUUUCCAAACCGUGUGUCUCGUUGCACAUCGAGCUCCGUCCUGCAGGCAAAGACUUUAAACGUCCUGCAGACGGAGCUGAUCCACCACCGUCAGGGAAAGUCAGACCACGACAGAGUUCUUUCAGCAGGGAAGAGAAGUAGCUGUUGGUUCAAACAUGACAAAAACCUCCGGAAUGAUCCUUUAACUGUUCUUCUUCUGCUCAUAGAGACAUUUAGCUUCCUGUUUAGCUCGUCUGCAGCUAGCGGUCAGCGUGAAGUUGGCUUGAAACCAAACCUCCCCUGAAAGCUUGCUGCGUCUCCUCUCAGGACUCAGCACGGUUUCAGCUAAGCUAAUGCUAAUGUGCGUAGUUAAAGUCAGCACUACCUGAGACUGCUGCAGGGCUGCACGCUGACUGCAGACCUGAGACCCCGCAGACCCUCAACAC